GCUUCAGGUGUGGAGCCGAAUGAGUUUCAGGAUUAGGAAACCUCUGAUUCAAUUUCCUGUAGACAUGAGUCAGCGUGUUGGAGCCUCCAGGGGUCGGCAGCACGUCCACUGUGACUCGUGCUACAGCCGGCGCUGCAGGGCUCGGGUGGAGGUCUCAGUGUGCUGCGCUCUCACCUCCUGCCGCCUGCUCUGUGGAGCCGUCUAUCACCUGUGCAAAGAGGAGGAUCACCUGUUGCUCUGCCCCAACGUCAGGGUGCCCUGCCUCAACGCCGGCUACGGCUGCCCGCUGCAGCUGCCCCGCUCCUCGCAGGCCGCCCACCUCCACGUGUGCCCGGCCAGCGUGGUGUGCUGCUCCAUGGAAUGGCUCCGGUGGCCAACGGAUGAAACGUACCCACACGGUGAGAUAGCUCUGUUGGAGAAGGUGCAGGAGGAGAGUUACGGGCAGGAGGAGCCUCUGGACCUCGCCAUGACCCUGGUGGAUCAGAAAGAGCUUUAUGACCGGCUGAAGAUGAAACCUCUGUUCCCAGAACUGAUGGAAGAGCAGGAAGAAGAGGAAGAAGAAGAGAUAAAGGAGGAGAAGAAAGAGGAGACAGCAGUGGGAGGGUUUUCAAAUGGUGUCACAGAGGAAGAUAAAGGUCCGAACACGUUUGCUCCUGCAGAAAACAUUGUUGAAGAAGAAGAACCUCCUCCGAGUAAUCAAAAGAUCAACAUUGAGAAGUACAACCUGUUUGAGAUGAUGUUCAGCAUGGAGAGAGGCGCCUGUGCGGUCGCUGAGGCGAACCUCAACAAACCCCAAGAGAAGCCCGCUGAGCCGGUGAAGGAGAACAAGCCGAAGAAAGACGAACCGGCAGCAGACACCAACAAGACGGGUCAGGCUCCCUGGCAGGAGGGCGUGCUGGAGCGCCUGGGGCAGGAGCUCACCCCGCAGGAGUACAACAUGUACAUGGUGCAUCACGGCCGCAUGCUGAUCACCUUCGGAAAGAUCAAAGCCUGCACGCCGAGGGAGGACGACUUUGUCUACGGCAGCCUGGAGCCCAUCCCUGUCCAGACUCUGCACUCCUUCAAGAUCCCCGACAGCUACCACUACAGCGACCGGCGGAUUCAUCAAUACGACACGACUCGAGCUCCCAGCGAACCUCGUGGUGUCGACACGUCCGACCUGGAGGUCAAUGAAGAGGAGUGGUUCUCUGAUGAAGCAGCAGCCACACUGCUGGGCUACGCAGACAAGGAGGUCCGGGGGCACAAGAUCAGUGAGUUAAACCCAGCCGACGGGAUGUUCAUUGACGAGGGGACGCAGACGUUCGCGUUCCGCGCGGCUCCGUUUCAGACCAAGGCGACCCUGGGGGAGGUGACGGCGGACCGGCCGCUGAAGCUCCGCCUCCAGCUGCAGUCGGAGCGAGUAAGCGCCCGACACAACCGAGCCAGCUGCGUCUUCAGCUUCCUGUGCGGCCACAGCUUCCUGCGCAGAGAGUUCGCAACGCAUUUCAGGAACGUGCACAGUGACAUCCAGACGGGUCUGAGCGGAUGGUUCGAGGAGCGAUGCCCACUGUCGUACCUGGGGUGCACCUACAGCCGGCGGAGGUUUCAGCCAUCCACGCAUAAAGCCACCGUCUACUACAAUAAGCAGCUGAGAAUUUUCAACCUGCGUCCAACACUCGAAGUCUCUCAGCCGCCCAGGCACUCAGACUCCCCCUUCUCCUCCUCCUCCUCUGCUCAGAGGAAGAGAGGAGGUCGGGGAAAAGGAGGCGAGGACCCUCUGAGUUCGCUGCCCUACGAGGUGCUGUGCCACAUGGCCAGUUUCCUGGACAGUCUGUCCCUGUCCCAGUUGGCUCUGGUGUCCCGGCUGAUGAGGCAGGUGUGCUCGUCUCUGCUGCAGGAGAGAGGGAUGGUCAGCCUCCGCUGGGAGAGGAGCAGCAAGGAGCACGGAGGAGCCAAGUGGACGGCCAAACCUGUCUGGGAGUUCAGUCCCCUCUUUUCCUCGGUGGACUCUUGGCACAUGGGGGACGUCUCUCAGCUGUCUGCUCAUCUGAAAGUCUGUCCUUUCUACAAGACGUCUCCGCACAGUGAGCGGGUUCGCCUCCCAAGCAUGGGAGACAAACAGGAGGGCGGCCAGGAGAGGCUCAGCCUGGUCAAACACUUCAGAGGAAAGAGACUGAGAGAGUGAAGAAGAUGCUUUAACUGCUGUGUCACAGUUUAUUUAUCAGUGUGUCAUUGAUGCUGCACAGUUCAGGGCGUCUGAUAACCAGCGUGUCACAGAGAAAAUAAAGUCAACGUGAACUUGUG